UUGAAAUAAGAAAAGCUAAGAUUUUCUUUUAGGCACUUUCCUAAAGUCUUAAUAUGAGUUUCAUUAGGCCUUUCAACACCCCUUGGCCUUUCCCAAUUUCAGGACCCACACACCCUACCCCACAUACCAACCUAUGCUCUUAUGACAGCCUGUGAAAGUUGGAGGGAGGAGGCUCUGGGAUGGAACAAGGGGAAGAGGCUACUUUGGGAGGAGGGUGUUUGCUCUAUGAGAUCUAGAAGGGAGGGGUAUUGCUCUGUAAGAGGUGAAAGAGGUUGUCAUAUGAUGACAUGGCCACGAGCUCCUCCUGUUCACUUUUCCCUCACAACAUAAAUCCUGAAAUACUAGAGGUGCAGUUAGGUUCUACUAAGUAACUCUCCUGGUGGUGGGAGGGCCUUAGUCUUGCCACAUUCCUCCAUCUCUUUCCCAUUAUCCUGUCCCAUAUCUUGUCUCACCCUCUGAUGCUGGAUAUCUAGUUUGUCCUUUUUCUUUUAAUCUAUUUCUCCCUCUUGCUAUCUCUAGCUCUCUUUGUCUUUACAUGUCUCAGCCCUCCCUCAUCCCAACCCCCCAACCCACCUUAGCCAUCUCUCUGUCUCUAUACUUUGAUCUUAGCUCUAACUCAGUCUCACUCUCAUCUCCCUCAGUAGGGAGGGCCAAGAUCCUCUUCCCCUAACUCUUCUUUGUUGUUCUCCCCCACCCACACAAUCUCUGACAGAAUUUCUCCUUUACCUUUGUGCCUGACUGACUCUCUGCCUCUGCUGGAUUUUCUCCUCUCCUGCUCUCAGUUUUCUGAGUCUUUGUAUAUUCCUCCAUGCUCCUUGAUUUCGCCUCAUAUCCCUUUUUUGUCCCUCUGUCUAUCUGUCUCUAACUCUACCUCUGCUCUGUUUUUCUCUCUCUCUCUCUUCUCUCAUCUUCUCUCUUUCAUUCUCUCUUUCUCUCAUCUCAGUCUCUUUCCCUACCUUCUGUAUUUCCCAUAAUCCUCUUGUCCUCUGUUUUUCUGGAUCAGUCCCCUUCUCCCUGUUCUUAUCUCUACCUGUCCCCUUUCCUCUGGCUUUGAUGUCUCUCCCACAAUUUCUGUUGUAACUCCACUACUACCAUUGCACCUUUGUUCUCUAUUACUUUCCUCCUUUUAUCUUGCCUAAUUUUUCUUUAUUUAUGACUCUUCCUCUAUUCUCUUUCCUCCAUUUGAGUCCCUGCUCAUUCACUAAUUUACUCCCAAAUUCAACAAAUAUUUAUUGAAUGCUUACUAUGUGUAUUUUUUCUUAUAUUCUCCCCACCCCUAUUCUCUCCUCUGUCUUAGCCUCUGCCUCUUUCAUUCACCCAUAGACUUGUUUCCCAGAUCCCUUGGGUCUUGCUUUCACCUACAUCUCUAUCUGCUUUUCCAAAAUCCAGGAGAAAAUCCAAAGACAGUAAAAUACCUGUCUUGUGGCACAUGGUGCCCUUUUGUCCUAUUCCCUGAAUCUACUUAAGUUGGUACCUAUGGCCUCAAGCUCCUUGUCUCUCUGACUAGGUCUGCUCAGGAAACACUCUGAGUGAAGCCUCAUGGCAUCUGUCUGCAUUAACAGGUUGAAUCUUCAUUUGGCUGAGGCCAAUAUUCUUAGAAAGAGUCUUAGUCUUAAGUGUUGAUCAAAGGGUUGGUGGGUUGUCAACACUCAUCCUGCCACACCCAAUCAUACUUCAAUGAUCGUUACCAUCACAGAGGGGGCCAGUGGCAGAGUCUGAAUCAGAAUUCAGGCUUUCUGACCUCCAGUGGGAACUCUUUUCUUCACCUCUUUUGUCUAAUGAUCUGUUUCCUGUUUCUUCCUCUCUGAUGCCCUAUUAGUACACUUUAAUAUUUGGAAAGUUCUUACCCUGAAAUGACAAUAAAGGCAUCUCUGGGGAGGGAGGCAAGCACUGGGUGAGAAGCUAAAGGCAAAGGAUCAAACACAAGAAUGACCCUUGGCUUUCAGCCAGGUCUUCAUGGUGGAAUCUCCUCUCUUCCACAUCUUAUGCAGAACUUCGGGCUCAAGAGGGUGGCAGCAGCCAUGUUGCUACAGCGUUGCCCAGUGCUGAUCCGGAGCCCCACAGCCCUCCUGGGCAAGAUGAUUAAGACUCACCAGUUCCUGUUUGGUAUUGGACGCUGUCCCAUCCUGGCCACACAAGGAACAACCUGUUCUCAAAUCCACCUUAAGGCAACCAAGGCUGGAGGGGACUCUCCAUCUUGGGCCAAGAGCCACUGUCCCUUCAUGCUGUUGGAACUCCAGGAUGGGAAGAGUAAAAUUGUGCAGAAGGCAGCCCCGGAAGUCCAGGAGGAUGUGAAGACUUUCAAGACAGACCUGCCCAUCUCCCUGGCCUCAACCAGCUUGAGGAAGCCAUUCUUCAGUCCCCAGGAGUCAGAAAAAAAUUCAGAGAAGGUCACGCACCUGAUUCAGAACAACAUGGCUGGAAACCAUGUCUUUGGUUAUGACCAGUUUUUUAGGAACAAGAUCAUGGAGAAGAAACAGGACCACACCUACCGUGUUUUCAAGACUGUGAACCGCUGGGCUGAUGCAUACCCCUUUGCUGAACACUUCUUUGAGGCAUCUGUGGCUUCAAAGGAUGUGUCUGUCUGGUGCAGUAAUGACUACCUGGGCAUGAGUCGGCACCCUCGGGUCUUGCAAGCCACACAGGAGACCCUGCAGCGUCACGGAGCUGGAGCUGGUGGCACCCGCAACAUCUCGGGUACCAGCAGGUUUCAUGUUGAGCUGGAGCAAGAGCUGGCUGAGCUGCACCAGAAGGACUCAGCCCUGAUCUUCUCUUCCUGCUUUGUGGCCAAUGACUCUACUCUCUUCACCUUGGCCAAGAUCUUGCCAGGGUGUGAGAUUUACUCAGAUGCAGGCAACCAUGCUUCAAUGAUCCAAGGUAUCCGCAAUAGUGGAGCAGCAAAGUUUGUCUUCAGGCACAAUGACCCUGACCACCUGAGGAAACUUCUAAAGAAGUCCAACCCUGAGACACCCAAAAUUGUGGCCUUUGAGACUGUUCACUCCAUGGAUGGUGCCAUCUGUCCCCUUGAGGAGUUGUGUGAUGUGGCCCACCAGUAUGGGGCUCUGACCUUCGUGGAUGAGGUUCAUGCUGUAGGACUGUAUGGGUCCCGGGGUGCUGGGAUUGGGGAGCGUGAUGGAAUUAUGCACAAGAUUGACAUCAUCUCUGGAACUCUUGGCAAGGCCUUUGGCUGUGUGGGCGGCUACAUCGCCAGUACCCGUGACUUGGUGGACAUGGUGCGCUCCUAUGCUGCUGGCUUCAUCUUCACCACUUCACUGCCUCCCAUGGUGCUCUCUGGGGCUCUGGAAUCUGUGCGGCUGCUCAAGGGAGAGGAGGGCCAAGCCCUGAGGCGGGCCCACCAGCGCAAUGUCAAGCACAUGCGUCAGCUACUAAUGGACAGAGGCCUUCCUGUCAUCCCAUGCCCCAGCCACAUCAUCCCCAUUCGGGUGGGUGAUGCAGCGCUGAACAGCAGGAUCUGUGAUCUCCUGCUCUCCAAGCAUGGCAUCUAUGUGCAAGCCAUCAACUACCCAACUGUCCCCCGGGGUGAGGAGCUGCUGCGCUUGGCACCCUCCCCCCACCACAACCCUCAGAUGAUGGAAGACUUUGUGGCUGGGAGACACAUCUAUGUUCCUGUGGCUCUUCUGCAAACUAAUCAAGGAAUCUUCCUACAGCCUCUUCUUUGAGCCAAGCCUACUGCUGAGUUGGACUGUGCCAGCAUAAGUUACUUAUCCCUCCCCUUACGAGGCAAGCUAUGAUGAGAACUGACUUGGAGAUUCUAGGGCAGUGGUCCUCAAGCCUGAAUAUACAAUAAAAUCAGCCUGGGAGCUUUUAAAACAUACUGCUACCCUGGCCCCACACCCAAUAGAUCCUGAUUUAAUUGGUCUAGGGUUGCACCAAGGUAUUGACAUUUUUGUAAAAGCUCCUUGUACUAAUGUACUUUCAGGGGUUGAGAACCAUUGGCAUAGAGGGACUCAGAGAUGAGAGGUUCACACAAGAAAAGAAGACGGGGGGGGCAUGCCUACCAAUUAAGAGGACAGUGAGAAAAGACAAAAUGAGAAUAACUUUUGCAAUGGGCAGAGAGGAGAUGACCUGGCUGGAGUGGAUGGAGUGUGUAGCGGUGCUGAGGAUGGAAACGGAGACUGGGCGCAGACAAGAAAGAGUUUUGAAUGCCAGGCCUGUGUGUUUUCUCUGCAUCACAAAGGUAACAGGGAGGUGUUGAAGGUUCAUGAGCAGGAAACAUAGUAUAUUAGGGAAAUGAUCAAGGCAAUGUGGAGUUCCAGGCCCUUGAAAUCUGACUGAAACUCUCCAGCCCCAUCUCCUGCUACUCACCUUCCUUCUCUGUCACGCCCUAACAAGAAUGGGACUUGUAGUCUCCAAUGCACAUCAGCCAAAUUCUCACCUUUCAGCCUUUGCUCAUCAUGCUAGAAUUCUUUGCUUCCCACCCCAAAGCUCUGUUCUACUCAUCUUUUAAGAUUCAGAGAUUUUAAGAUAUCUCCCCCAACGUCCUGGCUGGCCCAAAUCCUAUUUCUGGGCUCUCCUAACCUCCUGGGCUGCUGUCUCUGCCUCAGCCCUGAAGACACCAUUCUAUAAUUGACUGGUCAUGUGUCCAUACCCCACCACCAUGCUGAGAGCUCUGAGGGGCCGAGCCAGAACUGACUACUAACUGAGUCCACAGCACAAUCCUCAGUGCUUUGAGAAUAGAAUUUCAAACUAAGCUCUGCUUUUCCAUGAAGGAAGCUUGUCCCUGGGCCAAAAAACCAGCAUUGAUUGGCUGGCUAAACAGAAGCAUAGUCAGGAGUAAGGUCAAAGGCCUAGAGGGAG